AUGAAGUUCUCUAUUCUCUCUCUUGUCGCUCUUGCUGCGGGUGUUAUCGCUGUGCCAGUCGCGGCUCCUGAACCUGUUCCGGAACCCGCUUCAUACUCGGGCUAUGGAAAAUACCCCCCUAAGUCGUACAGCGGCUAUGGUAGCUACAACUACAAAAAGUACUCCAACUAUGGGAAAUACAAUAAGCGUGAUGAGGCAGUAGAGAAGCGAGAGGCCGAGCCCGAGCCUGAACCUGCUGGCUACAGCGGCUACGGGAAAUAUCCUCCCAAGUCGUACAGCAACUAUGGUAGCUACAAUUACAAGAAGUAUGCUAGCUAUGGAAAAUACAAUAAGCGUGAUGAAGGAGUAGAGAAGCGAGAGGCCGCAGGCUAUGGAACUUACGGAAGCUACCCCAAAACAUACUCCAACUACGGAUCCUACCCCAAGACGUACAGCAACUACGGAAGCUACAACUACAAGAAGUACUCAAGCUACGGAACCUACAAGAGAACUGCUGAGUGGCUCAAGUCUCUCUUCUAA